AUGAAAAAGACAGUCCAGUUUAGGCCAACCCCAAUUUUGAGCGUUACCUCUUUCCCUCGAGUCCUGCCGCGUCUCGGAUCUCUGUCACAUAAACAAAAAACCCUCUCAGUCUCCCUCUCCGCCGCUUCUUUCCGUCGAGUAAAAAACCUCUGCGCCACCACCUACCACCACCGCUGCACCAAGCGCACUGCUGCGACGUCUCUCGGGGACUCGACGGGUGGUGACUUGGUUUCUCUUUCUCAGCUGCUCUCCUUUCUGGCCUCUCGAUCUCUGUUUAGAAAACAAUGUCUGUUGUGGAUAUAUCCAUGGAAGACUUACCUGUACCUAUCAUGGUCAAUAUCCUCUCAAGGCUUCCUGUGA